CAUAUUCUUUUGUGUUCAAACAACCCAAAGAGAAAAAGAAACGGUCAACCGUCGGGCAUCUAGGUCCUGCUUUUCUGAUCUUCACCGCAGACGUCGGUCCGAUUAAGAGCUUCCUCGCCAAAUUCGGAGCUCCUGCUCUGCUGCUGCUCUCAGCUGACGGGCGAGUGGAAGGGAUUACGUCUUAUUCUGAAAAUCUGAACGUCUGCUGGAAUCCACAUUCUCCUCAUUUCUCUCCAGGCUUCCAUGAGAAGCUCUCCAUGAUGAGCAGCUAACACCUUCUGUCGUGCACCAGGAAGAAACGUGGCUGCAGCACCACCCACAGUCCACGCAUGGCGGUACUCGGGAACCCCGACAUGCUGACGAGGAAGAUCAACCUGUGUCACAUCAACGCCCACAUCACAUGCCGCCUGUGCGAGGGCUACCUGAUCGACGCCACCACCGUCACCGAGUGCUUGCACACCUUCUGCAGAAGCUGCCUUGUGAAGUAUCUGGAGGAGAACAACACGUGUCCCACGUGUAGGAUUGUUAUUCAUCAGAGCCAUCCACUGCAGUAUAUUGGCCAUGACAGAACAAUGCAGGACAUUGUGUACAAGCUCGUCCCGGGACUUCAAGAGGCGGAGAUAAAGAAGCAGAGGGAGUUCUACCAGAAGUUGGGCAUGGAGGUGCCCGGAGACGUCAAAGGAGAGCUGUGCAACAUGAAAAUCCCUCUAGAUCAGCGCAAUGGUGAUGCUAAAUCAGAGGACACGACCAACAAGGAAGCUGGAGAGGAGAAGCCAGAGGAGGACAAUGACUAUCACCGCAGUGACGAGCAGGUCAGCAUUUGCUUGGAAUGCAACAGCAGCAAGCUCCGAGGGCUGAAGCGAAAGUGGAUCCGCUGCUCCGCACAAGCCACCGUCCUCCACCUAAAGAAGUUCAUCGCCAAAAAGCUUAAUUUGACGUCAUUUAACGAGCUGGACAUUUUAUGCAACGAAGAAAUCCUGGGCAAGGACCACACGUUGAAAUUUGUUGUCGUGACGAGAUGGAGAUUUAAGAAAUCUCCACUCCUGCUUCAUUACAGACCCAAGAUGGACCUGCUGUAGCCCCGACGGACCAGACGGUUGCUUCUCUUUCUUUCUGUUCUCGGCCCGGUGGCCCCACAGACUGUACUGAAACUGUUUUAAUUUAUGCAAAGACAAUAAACACCAAACCAAUCGGUGAAGAUCAAAAGCCAGCAAACCUAGGUUGUAAUCUGACAACAGAAAGCUGGAAACGGCAACGCCGACGCGACUUUAGAGAGAAACCAACCUUAUCUUUUUCCUUCGUCCGCUUCAUCCUACAUAUGUGAACACAACAAGGCAGAGAAAGCAUAUAUUUAUACUUUUGUACAGAAGAGACACAAAACACUACUGGUGCUCUGUUUACACGCCAACACGAUGUCUGGAGUCCUUUCAUUCGGACGGCGUUCUCCGCAGACGCCGACUUUUUGAAACGGAGAAAUGUUCACACUCAGCGUGUCUCUGCAGCACACAAAGUUUAUGGAAAAGUUUAUCACAUCCAUCAGUCAAACGUCUCUGGAUUUUGUUUUUCUUUCGUCUCAUUUGCUAUUGGAUUCUUAAUGAUUGUCAAUUGUGUAUAGACUUUUCUUUUUUUUUCUGUUCAGUAACUUAUGUUCUAUAUACGGAUAUUGUACAUAAAAUGUCAUUACGGAGAGAUUGAAGAGACUUUAGACUGUUAAAAGAGAGGAUCCCAGAAGUGCUAUCUAUAUGUUGGGGGAUAAAUUAGGGUUUUUAAAGACAGACUCCUUAAUUAAAUAUAUAAAAGCAUCUCUAUGUUGUCUCAGAAAGACACAAAAAACCGCUAUAUGAUAUGAUGAGACUUUAAGGCAGAGAAAGAGGAGGCAUCCAUUCAACAACUUGUUUUAAUUUCUGACAAAUAGUCCUCGUUAGAUGAAGAUUGGCAAAAAAGGUUUUUUUGCCAAUCUUUUUUUUAACCACAUUUGUGGGAAUCUAACCGCAAAGCUACCAAAGUUGGAUCAAGAACGAGCUUUUUCAUUUGGGGGAUCAAGUGUAAAGCAUCUAAAAUGGGCCUUCAUGUUCUGCAUUGUGUUUUUUAUUUUUAUUUUUUUUCACUGCCGGAGUUUAAAAUUAUUUCAAAGUGAAAGCUGCGGAGAAAAAACUUGGGCAAAACUUUCUGCAUUUUUUAAAAACAAAUUCAGGUUUCAUGCAGGGACUGGAGUUUUUUUUUUUUUUUUUACAUUUUGAUAAUGAAAUUGAAAAAAAAAUGACCUCUGUUUGGUCAUUUGGUGCUUUUAAAAUGUAUCUUUGUAAUCCUUUUCAGCCUGUUGCUGUCACCUGAUCUGCCCCUCCCCCGUCGCCUCCUGCGGCGGCGUUGCCUCCCCGACCCGCCCCCUCCUUUUGGGUUCAAACGAAACCAGCUCUUACACUCCGACACUCCAGUCUUAAAAUCAUCAACAGACCUACCUUUAGGAGACAUUUGUGCUGUUCAUUGUUCAUUUCUUGGUGCUGAAUCAUCAAACUACAGGACCAAAAAAUACUAAUAGUAUUAUAUAUGAAUGCAGAAUAUUUUCAAAAAAUAUUUCUGUUAAAGUCAAUUUUAAGGAAAAUGUUCUAUUUGGGAUAUUUCUUCUCCUCCCAAAACUAUGUGACAUUUCUGAUCUGGUCUUUUGUCUGAAACUUUAAUUGGCUGAUAAACGUGAUUUUAAAAUGCGACUAAUUAACAUAAAGUUCUGAUAAAUCUCCAUCUAUUUAUGCAGAUCUCUCUGUAUGCAGAUGAUGGGGUGUUUUUCUUUCAAAUCCCCAAAUCUAAAGACAGAAAAGCUGCUAGGAGAUUCCCUUUCCUAGAAACCUAAAUCAGUCACUUUGGCUCAGUUGGAGCUGACAGGAAGUCAAAACAUGACUUUCAAAAUAAAACAGUAUGAGUGGACUCAUUAAACUGGUGCUUCACGUUAAUACGCCGGUGUUAGAAUUGGUGUCUCGCUGUGUUUUUCGCUCGUUCAAGAGGCAGAAUUGCAAAAAAUUAAAGAUGAUUAUUUUAAUUUGCAUGAACAGCUUCUGGAACUUGAGCUUAAAUAUCACUUUUGUUCUGUUUUUUAAUCAGCUGCUGUUUUGUUUCCAUGUUUCCAACCUCUUAUUAAAAUUAUUUUAUUGUUUUUCAGCCUUUCUGAUGUGAAAACGGAAUGUCUUUCAGUCACUUUUCAACUCCUGCUGCCUCCUGAAAAUAGGAACAGAGGAAAAGCAAACUAUCAGAUGUUUAGACGUUUGUCGUCCAUUUGAGCUUUCAAAACAAAACAGGAACAUCUGGUUCUCAUGAAAAAUGGCGUAGAACUUUAUUUAGCUUCACAACCGCACAGGUCAACUCUUUUUUUUCGGUCAUACUUGUGCAGCAGCAUGGAUGCAGGAGAGGCAGAUUACACCGUUUUUCAGAUUCAAUGUGUGUUUGACCGUUUCUGCAACGGUGGGAACUGGUGAAACUAAGAUUUGAGUUACAGAAAAAUGGCAGACUGGAAACUUUUGGCCUCGUUUGAGGAUCCGUCCAGGCUGAUGGUUCUGACUGGAGCUGAAGAUGGUUCGUGAAUUAUAUGCAUACUGCGCUGGAGUACAGUUACCCCUCAGUUUGGUUCAUUUGACCAGCAUGAUUGGCUCCUGUUCUCGCAUGGAAACCUUCUGAGCGGAAGUGACCUCACACUGGUAUCACCAUCUAGAUCUCCGUUCUUCACCCGUUCUGUCUCUGACGCCCUGCGUUCACACUGUACUUUGUGUGCUGUACUACGCCACACUUGUCUUAAUUGCUCAUGAGCUCAGAACGGAUCAAUGAGGCGAGUAAAGUAGAUACGUUUUUGGGGGUAAACUUUACUUUGGCACAGUAUGGACAGCCUGCUCCAACAGUCCGUGCUAGAGCAACAGGAACUGGUCACUACUCACAUUUCUUCCACCUCAUAGGUGCAACUGUAUUACGUAGCCCGUACUGUAGGUGGCAGUGUGUCCUCUAUUUGUUUACCAUCCACCAAUAACUCAAAAGACAAAGGGGCAGAUAGACAUGGACUGUUUGGUCUGACUUCCUGUCCCUUUGUCUCGUAUCGUCCUUUCUGUCGACGCAGCUGGAACUGUCCAACAUGGUGCUCUAGAACAAACAAAAAACCUUGAAUCUUUAGCCAGUUUUCUGCUGGAUUAGAAGAACCUGGUCAAAGUGUUGAUGCAGAGACCGUCUGCUCUUUGAGAAAACAAAACGUGACAAUCGAUUUCCGUCUGUUCUAUUCUUCUUUACGUCCCUCAGAGACACAUUUACACCAGAACCUGAGCGCAGGAACACAGAUUUGACAUCAGUGAAAUCAGUUUGGAGGAUAAUGAUUGUUACUAAAGAGACCUAAAAGCAUUUCUCCUAAUUGGGAGUAUUGUUGAGGGGAUCUGCGGUUCUCUGUGGUGCUAACCGCUCCUCCUGAGAUGUUGGAUCCAGACAGAAAAGAAGUCUCACUUUUUCCUCCUCUCAUCUUCCUCCCAUCCGUCACAUAAAGAAGGUGCUGCUUUUUCCGCUCAUUUCUGUUCAUCGAUUUGUUGCCUUUACCCGCUCGCUUAGACUCACGCCGGAGAGCGAACACGAGGCCUAAACUGUCAGGAGCUCGAUGCUGUGAAGAAAAGGGAAAAAAAUAGGGAAGGCGCUGAGACUUUAGGGGUUCUGACACCAAUUUCUGGCCUCAAAUAGAAAUCACACUUCCUGGAUUGUUAGUUGAGACUUGCUUCAGUCUUGAGCAGAUAAUUGGUUCUGCAGGACUCCUGAAAGGUCCAGGAUGCUGCUGGGUCUCACUGGAGGCCUGACUCGGUUCUGCUGCUCUGUGAACCGGGUAAAGCCUCCCUGGCCGCUGGCAGCUUCUUCUCACUAAAGUGGAGCUCCUUGGCUGCUGGAACAUGCUCUUGUGUUCACCGCGCUGCAUUGAGCGUCCACCGGGCAGCGCCGGCGGUAAUCCCAAAAGCAGGCAGAUUGUUCAGAGGACGGCAAACUGGGAUUAGGAGAGUUUUCCAGAUGCUCUUUAGUCUGCAGAAGCCUCGGUCCUUCUCUGUGAUGCUCGACGCCGUUUGUCCUUUGACUGAAACGUCAUCAUGUCCUUUUUUGUCGUAAAUUAUCUGAAAGAUCGUUCUGGUUCAUCCAAAGCAAAGCUCCACUCAGUUCUGCUCGUGUGCCAAAUGCAGUUCUGUUUCAGCGUUUCACUCCGUUCUAGUUUGGACCGGUUUUCCUGGAUUUCUGUGAGUUCCUCAGGUCACUAAAUGCCUUCUGGUCGCCAGCGUGACCAGAAACACUAAAAGCACCCGAUCGACACAAACGGAUCUUUGUGUUUUUGUCCUUUCACAGAUUUUACUACAGACUUUUUCAGACGUGUUUUUUUCCCCAGCUUUAGCGCAGGCACUUAUUCAGGUGUCCUUUCCUUGCCUCCUUUUGUAUUAUUGUUAUUUAUUGCACACGUAAUGAACUGGUUUCCAUUGAAAUGCUUUUACUUGGUGGGAGUUGGGGGGGUUGGAAUUUCUUACCAACAGAAUCUUUUUGUCAAAACCUGUGUAUUUCAUCAAUAAAUGCCUUUAAAAGUGCA